ACUACUACAUCGGUCCAAUGUUUCACACAAUACACCCCACUAGGAGUGGAGUUCCAAAACAUUUUAAAGAAACAUUGGCAUAUUAUAAAUUCUGACCCACUUUUACUGAAUAUAUUCAACAACCCACCACGUAUUGUUUUUAAGAGAGCACCCAACCUCAGGGAUAUGUUGGUGAAAUCUGAUCUGCCACCCCCUAAACAAAAAACUUUCCUCAGUGAUGUUAAAGGGGGUCAUUACAAGUGCGGUAAAUGUGCCCAAUGCAAUUUUACAUACAAAUGUAAUUCAUUCAAUCACCCCCAUUCAGGUACUAUGAUCAAAAUACAAAGUAUUAUCUCUUGCUCCACAGCUGAUGUCAUCUACCUUCUGAGAUGCCCUUGUGGUUUAGCUUACAUAGGCAAGACCAUCAGAAGUCUAAAAACAAGCAUAAGUGAACAUAGGAGCAACAUUAGGACUAGAGAUGUGAGGAGUCCAGUAGCUGCUCAUUUUAUGCAGGUGAAUCACAAUGUCUCAUCUCUCCAAUACAUAGGUAUGGAAAAAGUGAGAGUGCCACGUAGGGGAGGAAACAUUAAUAGAUUGCUUUUGCAGACGGAAUGUUAUUGGAUUUAUAGAUUAAACACACUAUCCCCAAAAGGUCUUAACGAAGAGUUUGAUAUAAGACCAUUUCUUGGAGCCUUUGUACCGCUUGCCUGAUGCCCUUGCCGUCUUAUAUGGUCUUACUCUGAGCAUAUGUUAUUCUUUUUACUGUAUCUAUGAAACUCCAUGAGCUAUUACAAGUGUUUGUACACCUGAUAAUAUAUCUUUACCUAUUAUGUAACGGGUAUAUUUGAAAGAGCAUUUGACGAAUGUGGAGCUUACUACAGAAAAAACGUAGUGUCACUAUAAU